UCUGUGCAUAAUAUUGCAUGCACAACUACCCUUUCUACACACUUCGAAGCUUCAACACAAUUCCACAGAUUACUUCAUCACAAAACAAAUCAAGUCAACUGAAUUAAGUUGCGAAAGCUUGAAAAGUCAUGGCAGCAGCUGCUAGCUCUAGCACUCUUCUAAGAACAACCCCAUUUCUUGGCCAAAGCCGAGGACCAAGCUUCAACACUCUUAGAGAUGUUGUGCCAAUGGGCACUGGCAAAUACACCAUGGGCAAUGAUUUGUGGUAUGGGCCGGACAGAGUGAAGUAUUUGGGACCCUUUUCUGCUCAGACUCCUUCGUACCUGAACGGAGAAUUCCCCGGUGAUUACGGAUGGGACACCGCAGGGUUGUCAGCUGACCCCGAGGCCUUUGCUAAGAACAGGGCUCUUGAGGUGAUCCAUGGCCGGUGGGCUAUGCUUGGAGCACUAGGCUGCAUCACCCCAGAAGUUCUCGAGAAAUGGGUGAGAGUGGACUUCAAAGAGCCAGUGUGGUUCAAAGCCGGAGCUCAAAUCUUCUCCGAAGGCGGCCUCGACUAUUUGGGUAACCCCAACUUAGUCCAUGCUCAGAGCAUCCUAGCGGUGCUUGGGUUCCAAGUCAUCCUCAUGGGUCUCGUUGAAGGAUUCCGCAUCAACGGUCUUGAUGGUGUCGGAGAGGGCAACAACCUCUACCCGGGUGGGCAAUACUUCGACCCUCUCGGCCUUGCCGAUGACCCCGUCACCUUCGCCGAGCUCAAGGUGAAGGAAAUCAAGAAUGGGAGGCUAGCCAUGUUCUCCAUGUUUGGGUUCUUUGUCCAAGCCAUUGUGACCGGGAAGGGUCCCCUAGAGAACCUCUUGGACCACCUUGACAACCCUGUAGCCAACAAUGCAUGGGUCUAUGCCACCAAGUUUGUGCCCGGAUCAUAAAUUAAUCUGCAGUUCCUCUAAUUAGUAAUUGUUAAUCUUGUUUGAGAGAAUGUAAUUGAAUGGGAAAUUGUAUGUCGAUGUUAAUACUCGCCAUUUUAAUUGAUCAGAUUUUUCAAAUUUCACUUUGUGUAUCAAUUCUAUAGCAGUAAAUCCAAUCUUCUUAGUUCCCUCA